AUGUCUGAUCAGUCACUCUCAGCUACGGGUGUCUCAUCAUAUCCUGACGAGAUCCACAGCAUUAUCGAGCCUGCGCUCAAAAGACAUGCAGCUUGUGAUGAGUGUAGAAAGAGAAAGUUGAAAUGUUCUGGUGAAGCUAGAGGAUGUAGCCGCUGUAUCAAACAGUCGCUGAAUUGUCAUUACUCCAUACAAAAACAGAUGGGACGACCCCCGAAAAAGCGGCCGCGGGAAGAUGACACGAUGGGAGGCGCAUUUGAUACAGGAGGAGGUGAUACCUGGAUAGACACAAUGGCUCCUGCUCCCCCAGAACUGAAUACAAUUGCUGCUGCAGAGGCUUAUCACUUGUGUCCUGCAGUAUGGGUUGGCCCCUCAGCCAAUACAUCUCGGGCUUUCCCUACACAUUUCCCUGACGAUGUCCCGCCAUGUCCUUCCCAAGCAGAAGCCACCACGAUCCUGCCGCCACUCGGUGCAACAGAGACUCCAUGGCCUGACUUUUCUACGAUAUCUGCAGCCACGUCAUACUGUCCUUAUCCUGACUUAUCAGCCCUUCCGGGAAUGCAGGGGCUUCCAAUGACCCCUCCAAGCUGCUCAGGCUCUUCUGGAUCCAACCCCCAAUGUGCAUGUCUAGCCUACCUCUAUCUAUGUCUCAGCCACCUCUCCAGUCUAGGCUCGUUCCCUGUCUCACGGCAAACGAUAUGCUCAUUGUUUCUUGUUGCUAAAACUGCCCGCCAAGUUAUUCGCUGCGAGAUAUGUCCGUCAAAAUAUUCGACUGGCUCGCAAAAUGUCAUGUUCAUCGGCACUUUAUUGAAUGUCCUCGCCGACUCCUGGUUGCGUGUGUCCAAGGCCGAUCCUGUAGAGCUAGGGAAACAGACCGCGCUUCCAGCCUAUGUUUCCUCUCUCGAAGAAAACUCAACGAAUCCCCCUGAAUGCUGGAAGCGAUGGCUUCGUCAGACAAUCCGGUUUGGCGUUCUCGGAAGCCCUAUCAGCGAAGGGCACCUUGAAUUAUAUCUUGAUUCUCCAAGCCUUCUUUGUCUUGUUAAGGAGGUAGAAGCACGUCAACGGAGAUGGCAUUCUGGAAAAAAGUCACGCCCUCUAUUUCAGACUGAAGAAGACCAGUCUGGAAACAGUGAACAGGAGACGUAUGAUAGGCAUCAAAAUCAUUAUCACCCUGACUCAGAGGAUGCCAACAAAGAAUGCGAGGAACAAGAUAUGCUCUGCCUUCGGAUUGUUGGGCUCGCUCGCCAAGUGAUCUCCAAAUUCAAUUUCCAACCACACGAGUACCCUGAUGGAGUGGUUUCUUGA